UCUUUCUUCCUCGUCCACUAAUCGUUUUCCCUGAUCGCGAGACGAUGCGACGGAGGGUGACGACGUCGGUCCUUUCCAUCGCCAUCUUCUUCCUCCUCGCCGCCUCCUUCUCCUUGCAUGUCUUCCGUCACCUCCUCCCCUCAGGCAACGCCAUCAACUCCAGGACCCUGAACCAGCCCGUCGACCGCCUGCGCAAUUAUGCGGUCGGCGAGGCCGCGGUAUCGGUCCUCCGUGUAUUACGCUCCCCCCCGCGCCACCGCCCACCGCCCACGGAGUCCGUCCUCCUCCUCGACUGGGACGUGCUCCUCCUUCCCUCUCCUAAUACUUCCACCGCCGCGAGCGGCAGGCCGCUCUCUUGCCUUUUCCAUACCGGCGCCACCUCCCUUGCCCGCCCCGCCGGCCCGGUCGCCUUCCUCUGCUCCCUCCCCAACAGCCUCCGACGCUUCCGGCCCUUCUACACCCCACGCCUCUCCGAGGCCUCUUCCAACGCUUCUGGGUGGGUGGGCCAGGAGGAUCCCCCCCGGGAGAUGUUGCGGUCCACGCAGCUCGCCUACGAGUCGGUCUCCACCGCUGACGACGUCAUCGUCUUCGUGAAGGGCGUCAAUCGUCGACGGGAUCGCGACCUCCCCGCCUCCAGCCUUCGCUGCGUCUUCUCCCCCGCCUCCGGCGGCGCCGCGGUCGCCACGACCUCGGUCACUUCCUCGGCCCAGGAGGCGUUCCGCUGCGCUCACCCGCCCGCCGCCGAGGUGUCAAGCAUCGGUCCCUUCAGGGUCUCCAUCUCGACCGGGCCGGAGGCGGCGCCUAUCCCUACGCUCGCCAAUUACCACCGGCCAGGUGGCCCUGCGAGCGGGGGCCGCUUGUCGAUCUGCGCCUGCACGAUGGUGUUCAACGCCGCCAAGUUCCUCCCGGAGUGGGUGGUGUACCACGCCGCCAUCGGCGUGGAGCGCUUCUUCCUGUACGACAACGGGAGCGAGGACGAGCUGGAGUCGGUGGUGAGUCGACUCGGCUCGCAGGGUUUCGACGUGACGACCCGGUUCUGGCCUUGGCCGAAGACCCAGGAGGCCGGCUUCUCCCACUGCGCCGUGGUGAACCGCGACGAGUGUGAGUGGAUGGCAUUCAUCGACGUGGACGAAUUCGUGUACUCCACGGACUGGGACGACUCGGACCAACCCAACCGGUCCAUGAUGGGCUCGCUCGUAGCGGUCGGGCCGGAGGUGGGCCAGAUUUCCAUAAAAUGCCUGGAUUUCGGGCCCUCAGGGCACAGGGCCCACCCUCCAGGCGGCGUCACCCAGGGGUACACCUGCCGUCGGCGGAACGAGGAGCGGCACAAGUCGCUGCUCCGCCUCGACGCGGCGGCCGUCUCGCUGGUGAACUCGGUCCACCAUUUCGAGUUGCGGGAGGGGUUCGAGACCAAGCAGGUCGAGGUGGGGGAGGCGAGGCUGAACCACUACAAAUACCAAGCAUGGAAGGAGUUCAAGGCCAAGUUCCGGCGGCGCGUGUCGGCGUACGUGGUGGAUUGGAAGGAACCGAUGAACCUGGCGUCGAAGGAUCGGCCGCCCGGUCUGGGGUCCGACCCGAUCGAGCCGAAGGGUUGGACCGACAUGUUCUGCGAGGUGAACGACACCCGGCUCAGGGACGCAACGCGGAGGUGGUUCACCGAGGUGAAGCUCGAUGGGGCAGAGAGAAUGGCUUGGGAUAGCUAGCAAAUCUCACCUCUACUUCCCUCGUUGGCGUCGAACACAGUACUAGCAUACGAACAGAGAAGGCGAUACUGGAAAGAAGACAACGAAUUCUUUUAUACUCAUUAAUUUAUUGUAAUUUGUGUGCCCAGUCAUAUACGGAGAACAUACUACUGUUAGAACCUUCGGGGCUGUAUUGUUUAUUUCUAUGCCAGAAGAGCAAUUUUGACUUGGUCAAAGUGAGACAUUGCAGAAUCGAACUGCUUUUAUUA